AUGUCAAUUCCAGUAGUAGUGAUUGGUGCUGGAGUUGUUGGACUUACAACUGCGCUUCAGUUGAAAAGAGAAAACUCAGCCUAUGAUAUCACUAUAGUCGGCACAUUUUUGCCUGGUGAUAUAUCGCUUUUCUACACCUCACCAUUUGCUGGCGCAAAUUGGCACUCUUUUGCUUCUGUCGAAGACAAAUACUUACAAGAAUUGGAUACAGUUGGUUACCAUGAGCUUAUGCGGUUGGCAGACGAUCCGCAGUCUGGAAUUUGGAGAAAGCCUAAUGCUCUGUACUAUACUCCACAAGCUUUGGAAGAGGUCAAUGGCGAUGUUUCCAAGUUCAAUGACUGGUUUGAUGCUAUGACCAAUACCCGCAUUUUACCUAAAGAUGAACUUCGUCCAGGAACAGUCUUUGGUAAAGAAUCAGAAGGUCUAGUAUUGUCAGUUCCCCGUCUACUUGACUUAUUUGCUCCAAAAGUGUCUUGCAUCAGGAAUUGUCGUGAAAAGAGUUCCACAGAUCACCCACAUUGA